AAAGAGGAAAAUUUUACUCCGGCCUUCUUCAAGGAAAAUCAACAGGGUCGGAAUACGCCAUGCCCUUCACAGUCAUCCGACUACAUUUGUUUAUCGGAGGCACUACUUAGGUUUCUGAAUCCAUCGCAGUGCUGUUUGUUUUUUUUCCUCCCUCGGCGAAAUGUUGACGAAGUGAAAAUCAUCGGGUGUUCGAGUGUUUUCGACGUACUUUUUAUACAAAACCGGAUAUGGAGUUUAUUGUCGCCAACGUCGAAAACAUAAAAUUCGACAUAGAAAUCGCUCUGGAAGAGCAGCAUGGCGCUUUACCGCUUCCCUUCCCAGGGAUGGACAAGUCAAUUGUCGCUGUAUGCGAAUUUUAUGCUAAAGGAAGCUGCGCCAAGGGUUCAGCCUGCCCCUUACGGCAUGUCAGGGGCGAUCGUACUAUCGUGUGCAAGCAUUGGCUCAGGGGUCUUUGCAAAAAAGGAGACCACUGUGAAUUUCUUCAUGAAUACGACAUGACAAAAAUGCCUGAGUGCUAUUUCUAUUCCAGGUUUAAUGCUUGUCAUAACAAAGAAUGUCCAUUCCUUCACAUCGAUCCCGAAAGUAAAAUGAAAGACUGCCCCUGGUAUGACCGAGGCUUUUGCAGGCAUGGUCCCAACUGCAGACAUCGACACGUCAGACGUGUGCUCUGCAUGAACUACCUCGCCGGACUUUGCGUCCAAGGCCCAGAGUGCAAAUUCAUGCAUCCUAGGUUUGAACUGCCGGCUGCAGACGCGACGGCCAGAGAUCCCAAAAAGCUGGUGAUAGUGUGCCACUUUUGUGGCGACACGGGUCACAAGGCUUUAUUCUGUCACAAGAUCCCUCAAGAAAUAAGAGACAGCGAGAUGGGUGCAAAUAAUAUAGGAGAUGAUAAAGAUAACAGAUCUAGCCCUCUUGUCAAAGGUGGACUUAAACCUCUGGAGGAAGUCACGUGUUAUAAAUGUGGUUGCAAAGGUCAUUAUGCGAACAAAUGUCCAAAGGGUCACUUAGCAUUCCUGACGCUGAGUCAGGCUCAAAAGAAAGUUAUGUAAGACAAACAGAAAACAUUGUGAUGUUUAUGUUUAAUGUAUCACUCAACGCUGAUACAAAAGAAAAAGCGUAAAUACGGACAUCCAACAUGGAUUUUUAAGCCAAUUUGUCUAUGUAAAUAAUUUAAAAACCAAGGAUCGACAUUUGUUCCUCAAGAGAUACUUUUUCCUUUAUUUAAGAAAUUUUGUGCGAAUGAUAUUUUUAAUUAUAUU